ACAUUUAUUAUAAAUAUUUGUAAAGUAUGUAAUUAUAUUAAAGGAAGUGAAAUGUGUAGCGGCGUGUUUAUUACUGAAGAGCAGCUUAUGUAACUAAGGGUUGCAGUGAUGGGUGACGUCAUGGCGAAUGAAGCAGAUCUUCUCCUGAUGAUCAGAGAGUACCUGAAGUUCUGUGAGCUGGAGGACACAGUGAAGAUCUUUGAGAAGGAGUGCAAGAGCAAAGGAAAACCUGUCCCAAAAAUUCUGAGCAGCUCACCUCAAGAUUCCAAAACCCUCAUCAUUCAAAAGGAUCUGCUCAGCUCCUUCGAUAACGGAGACAUGAAGCUCUUCUUUGAGCUGUGGACUAAAAACGUCCCCGCACAUGUUUGUGACAGUGACCCUGUGGUCCAGAAACUCGAGUUCUACCUGUACAUCCACUUCAGCAUCUACCCACUGAAGAAUGGGAAACAGAAUCAAUCUGAUUUCGAUGAGCGGAUUAGACACUUUAAAAACUUCCUGGAGACGAGAGGAGCAGCGAUGAGCCAAACCACCGAGUUCCUGCCCUUUUACGCUCUUCCCUUUGUGCCAAAUCCUGCAGCACAUCCAUCCUUCAAGGAUCUCUUCCAGGACUCUUGGACUCCAGAUUUGAGGAACAAACUUGAGAAGCUUUUGGUUUCUACACUGAAAGCCGGGAAGACGCCGAGGCUGCUGGAUCUAUACUAUGAGAGCACUAAAGACAGCGUGCAGCAGCUCCGCUCUGAGCUUCUGGAGAUGGAGCAGAAGCUCUCAGUGUCCAUGAGGAGGUUCAGUAAGAUCCAGGCUGAUUAUCACAGUCUGAUCGGAGUGACGGCCGAGCUGGUGGAUUCAUUGGAGGCUUCGGUCCGGGGCAAAAUGAUUUCCCCUGAAUACCUGCAGGGUGUGUGUGUGCGCCUCUUUAGCACCCAGAUGAGCCAGAACAUUGCUCAGAGCAUCGACUUCACCCGGCCUGGGACUGGAUAUUACUCUAUGACUCCUUAUGAUGAUGGAUAUGCUUCCUCCAUGCUGCGAGCCUCCAUUUCAGCACAAAGGAGUAAAGACGUUCCACUGCUUCCAUCACUCAACUAUGAGAAGCUGAAGAGAGAUCUGAUGAGUGGAUCAGACCGACUGAAGGCUUUACUGUUGCAGGCUCUGCGCUGGAGACUGACGCGCUCACUGCAGGGCGAACAGAGAGACACGAUCCUACAAGCUUUCAUUACUAACGACCUGCUCAACUGCCGCACAACCAAACAGAAAUCUGCUCUUCAUCUACUCAGAUCCAAGAACGAGGUGGUGAGGGAGUACACGGCUCGUCUCAUCAAUGCCUUCGCCUCUCUGUCUGAAGGGCGUGGUUACCUGUCUCAGAGUUUCUCUCUGCUGAAGCUGUUGGUGGAGUCUCUGAAAUCAGAGGAGAAAGAUUCAGUGAGCAGAGAGAAUGUGCUGGGAGCUCUGCAGAAACUCAGCCUCAGACGUGUCCAUCAGUCGUCUCUAAUCAGGUUGGGUUUGAUCGGAUGGCUGGUUGAUGAGCUGCAGGACUCGGACUGUUUAUCAGAUUACACACUGGAGUACGCUGUCGCUCUGCUCAUGAACCUCUGCCUGCGCACACAAGGAAAGAGAAAAUGUACCGAAAAAGCCAAACAUGUGCUGAAAGUUCUGACCGACCUGCUGGGACACGAAAAUCAUGAGAUCCGGCCUUAUGUAAACGGCGCUCUCUACAGCAUCCUGAGUGUCCCAUCAUUACGUAAAGAAGCUAAAGAAAUGAGUUUGGAUGAAAUUCUGAGCUGCUACAUUAAAGAUGAAAAUCCGGAUCUGAACCGACAGAUCGAGUUUAUAAUGAAGCAGCUGAACUCGAAGGAGGAAGAGGAGGAGCCCAGCACUGAGCUGGAAUCAGGUGAUGAAGAGGAGGAGGAAGAUGAAGAGGAGGACGUGAUGGAAGCUGAUCUGGAUAAAGAAGAACUUCUUCAGUCGCAGCCUCCAGAGCUGUGUGGAGAAACUUUACUCACCACUGAGUAUUUAGGAAUCAUGACCAACAUGGUAAAAAUGAAGAAAUGGAAUGUACAAGCUUCACAGAGCACUGAUGAACCUCUCAGAAGACCCGUAACCCCCAACACACAGAGAACACACCCCACAGUCGGAGAUUCUUCAUUCAACUCUCGGCCGAGUACCAGCAACUCCAUCCACCGUCCACAGGUUGCAGAUUGGGAUUGUUGGCGCUUGUCUCAGGAAUCGUUUGGACCGGACGCUAGCAGCCGCUCACAGAGUGUGAUUGGUGGUUUUGUGAGCCAUCCCAUGAUUCCACGCUCCCCCAGUGAUGAGACAGAAAGUGGUGGCCUGCCGAAGCCCCGCCCACUCGGUCCACACUUCUCCCACAGUGAACCUCAACAGAGCAUCAGUAGACCGAACAGCACAACACACACAUCAUACAGUCUUCAGCACAACAGGAAGUGAACAGAAGAUUAAGUGAUGAAUCUCCAGCUUCCUGUAACCUUAUCCCUCCAACUUCUCAGAUUUAGAAGGACGAGUGUAGCAGAAACAAAGCAAGUAAUUGUGCCCUCUGAACUCGCCCGCCCUGGAGACGCUGCUGUGUAACCUGAAACAUCACGGAGCUCUAGCUACCCUGCACCGGCCUUCAUCCAUCUUCACCCACCCUGCACCCACCUAAAUCCAGAAAAUACAGGAGGUGUCCACAUACUUUUGUUGAUGUUGUGUGUUUAGGUAAUGUGUGUAUGUAAAGUUUUGAUAUAAAUAUGUCAUGCUACAGAUAUUGGUUGUGUGUUUAGAACAGAUUUAUUUGUAAAUAAUGUGGGGUUUUUUCGUGAUUUAUGAUCACAGUAACAAUGUCUCUAUAAUGAACUGGACUUUUUAUUCCAUUCCUCGUGGCAGAUCAUCACAAACUCUGUCAGAUUGGAUAGCGAGCAUCCUCAGAUUUCUCCACAGAUGUUUGAUCAGGUUAAAGUCAGAUCUCUGGCGCCGUUCAGAGCUCAGAUCAUUUCCCUAAAGACACUCCAGUGUUGCUUUAACUGUUCAAAGAUGAGCUGUCACUCUAUGUUCCUUUAUUUGGUGGCAUUCAUCCAUCCCUUAAUUCUUACUAGUUCACUUACCAGUGUCCUUGUCCCUGCUGCUGAGAAGCCAUCAUCACCAUAUUUCACUGUAGAAAAGUAUCAGCCAGGUGAUUGUGAGUGCACUGCGUGUGAUUUUGUGAGACGGGGUGCUUGUUUUUCUACCCAAAGAAUCAGACCCGACUCUGACCCCUGAUCUCGGCAUUGGUACAGUUUCAUGGUGGGGUUCCACAGAGAGUUCCUCGGACUCGGAUGGUUUGAUUUUGUCCUGUUAAUGCAGUGCAAAUUGUGGGUCCUUAAAGACCCUGGCGUGCCUUUCCAAACUAUGUCCAAUCAAUUCAGAUUACAACAGUCCCCCUGAGUUUGAUGAUCUCAGCGAUGAGUAAAACAACAGGAUGCACCUGACAGCAAGUAAGAGUCUCACAGCAAAGGGUCUGAAUACUUCACUGUAGAAAUAGGUUUGUGUAUAUAAGGUGUGUGUGUGUGUGUGUGUGUGUGUGUGUGUGUGUGUUUACUUAAGUUUAUGUAAGAGAUGAUCAGACUGGUUCUGUAUCUGUAAAACAUGCUUUUAAUGACAGUAAAGAUUUUUCUUCUGUAC